AUGGAGCGGUACGGUCGCGCCGGUGAUGAGGGGCCGCGAUCGGAUCCGUCGCUUGAAUGGACCUCUCAUGGAGGCGAAACCGGAGUCGAAGCUUCGAUGUGGCGAUUGGGGCUAAGCAGCGGCGGAGCUGGUGGAGGAGGAGGAGGAGGAGUCGGAGGUGGAGAAUCGUACCCAGAGCGACCCGACGAGCCCGAUUGUAUUUAUUACUUGAGAACCGGCGUUUGCGGGUACGGGUCAAGAUGUCGGUUUAAUCAUCCCCGAGACCGUGGCGCGGUGAUUGGAGGUGUGAGAGGAGGAGAUGGAGUUUUACCGGAGAGGAUGGGACAUCCGGUUUGUCAGCAUUUUAUGAGAACGGGAACAUGUAAAUUCGGCUCAUCAUGCAAGUAUCAUCAUCCUAGGCAAGGAGGUGGUUCCGGUUCCCUUACGCCUGUCUCUCUAAGUUAUUUGGGAUUCCCAUUACGUCCGGGAGAGAAGGAAUGCUCUUAUUACAUGAGAACCGGUCAGUGUAAAUUCGGUUUGACCUGUAGAUUCAACCAUCCCGUACCUCAGCAGCAGCCGCAGCCACAGCUACAGCCGCAACCGCAGCCGCAGCUGCAGACUAUUUAUCCGACACUUCAGUCUCAAUCAGUGCCAUCGUCUCAACAAUAUGGGUUAGUUUUGGCAAGGCCUUCUCUCUUACCAGGCUCUUAUCUUCCAAGUCACUACGGUCCUCCAAUGGUUUUGCCUCCCGGAAUGGUUUCAUACCCUGGUUGGAAUCCUUACCAGGCUUCUUUAAGUGCAAUGCCUUCGCCUGGAACUCAACCGUCUAUAGGAUCAAGCUCUGUCUACGGAAUCGCGCCGUUGUCUCCUUCAGCGACUGCUUACACAGGAACAUACCAGUCAGGGCCUUCCUCGAACAUCUCAAAGGAACAAUCUUUCCCUCAGCGACCUGACCAACCGGAGUGUCAGUACUUCAUGAGAACCGGUGACUGUAAAUUCGGAUCUUCUUGCAGAUACCAUCAUCCUCUGGACGCUGUUGCAACUAACACCGGUGUCCUCCUCAGCUCCAUUGGCCUCCCUCUCCGUCCCGGCGUAGCGCAAUGCACUCACUUUGCGCAGCAUGGGAUCUGCAAGUUUGGACCGGCGUGUAAGUUUGAUCACUCGAUGAGUUCUUCGCUAAGCUACAGCCCGUCUGCUUCUUCGUUAACCGAUAUGCCCGUGGCUCCGUACUCAAUCGGAUCAUCCUCGCUCAGUGGUGCAUCAGCUCCUGUAAGCUCAAGCAGUGAAGUUGCUACAGAGGCUGUGACUGCUGCGGUUUCUUCUUCUAUGGUCAGUCGUCAAGAGCCAGCUGAGACCAGCGGUGACUCAGCUAGUGGCAGUGGCAGCAUAGAAGCCAAGACUUCUUCAAGUUAA